AAUAACGUCAGUGGUAUUCAAAAAAAAAAAAAAAACACAUGCAUAAAUAGUCGCAGAAACCAAGCGAUCGAAAGCUUAGAAAAAAUGCAGAACCAUGGCAUCGAAGAGGAGCCAUCGUCCAAUAUACUUUCCACCCACAACCUAGUCCUUCUGGUCGUUUUGGCCUUUCCCAUAAUCUCCCUUCUCAACAACCAACUUUUACGUUAUUCCAAGCCGUUCCUGUGGUGGCUCAGAACACCGACAAAAAUGGAGGAGCGCGUAAACGACGGCGACGAUUUCGACUGCGUUAUCUGUCUUUCCGAGGUUUUGUCGGGGGAGAAGUUUCGGGUUCUUCCGAAGUGCAAGCAUAGGUUUCAUAGUGGGUGCAUUGAUGCUUGGUUGGAGACGGGGAAAUGGAGUUGCCCUGUCUGUCGGAGCCCUGUGCCGGCGGCGGAGGCGGAUCGCCGGAACGGCGGAGAAGGCGCCGGGGAUUGGAUUUCGUUGGCUGUGGAUAAGAUUUGUAGCAGGUUUUUGGGGAGUGCGAUAAUGGUGGCUCUUUCGUACCAGGAAUGCUACUUCUAUUUUGAUGAAUGAAUGUGGAUUUCUAGCUUAGUAAUCCUGCGGCUAAAUGAUUCCUAGGUUUAUUACUUUAUUUAGGAUAAAACAAUUGCAUGUACAGUAAUAUAUUGAUUACUUUUUUUUGUAAUGCACAUAAUAAGUUUUUAAUUAUUCAA